UCUCUUUCUCUCUCUCUUCCCCCUCGCACCCCCCGUAUUUUACUUUGACACAGUAACAAUUGGAAAAAACCCAAACCAACAAUGACUGACGAAAACUUUUUUAUGGACGUUGACGGUCCUGAAUUCAUCAACGAAGUCAACAAUGAAAUUCAUAACUACCGUUGUGCCGAAGGAUUUCACCCAACCGAACUGACACAAGAUUGGGCCGCACAAUACGACGGUCAAAUCGAAAAUGAUCGUUUAGGUAUGGAAGUUGAUGAUUUGAAGUCACUGCAAAACCCUGGUGCUACUAGUGGUAGUAGUAUUUAUAACGGUGGUAGUAGCUCUAGCUUGGACCAUCAACAGGCACAAUGCCAAGUCGUACCUGGCUCAACACGUUUGAGCACCGGCUCCACCCUAAGCACUACCAGCACCGUUUUUACUACUAGCACCAGCACCAGCUUUACUAGUAGUAGUAGUAGCAGUAGUAGCAGUAGUGAGAAUCAUAACUACGCAUCUCUCACUACCCCCAUUGCAAGCAGCAAUACUACUACUACGACUACUGCUGCUAGUAGCGGUAGCACGUCCUCUUCAUUCUCUUCGCAUGCUAUUCUGAGUAAUUGUCUUACUCAGACGUCAGUUUUCAAUUGUCAACAGAUUGCUGUGCUCGACACCAAUUUUUUGAUUUCAAACCUGGGAUACCUUACUGCGUUGGCAACCCAAGCCGAAAAGUACCUGGGCAGUCUUGUUGUCGUUGUACCGUGGGUUGUCGUUACUGAAUUGGAUGGUUUAAAAGGUCGUAACAACAUUCAAUCCCACAAGCAUGGCUCAAGUGGCAAACUUGGCGAUCUCGCUCGACGAGCAAUGAAAUUUGUACAGAUUGCUUUGGCGGACCAACGUGGAUGGCUGCGAGGUCAAAAGAUGGACGAAGUAUUUGAACAGGAAGCUAAAAUGCUCAAAGGGGAUGACUCUAUUCUCGACUGUUGCAGGUAUUUUGCCCAACUUCGUAAACCCAUCACCCUCUUCACCAAUGACCGUAAUUUGGCAAUCAAAGCAAUGAUCCACCAGGUCCAAACGCUUUCAGCUGAAAGCCGCGAAAAAUUAAUCGACUACGCAUCAAGUUUGUCCAGUCACAUCCCAUCCGUACAGCAGCAGCAGCAACAACGACAGCAUCAGCCACAUCAGCAAUACAUCGACGAGGACGUUGAAAUGAUGGAUGAAUCUGAUGAUAUUGAUGUAGCCCAGCAACAACUACAACAACAAAUAGUGCAAGACAAACAAGAGAUCCGAGCGAUCGUACAGAACCCAGGUUAUUCAGAACGGAAUUUCAACAUCUGGACCUCAAAGCAUGCCCCGGCGAACUACAGUCCUCCUUCUACUGCUAACCCGUCCAACAGCAACAACAACAACAACAACAGCCACCGCCGAUCAUCCCACAUAAAUAGCAACAACUAUAGCUGGACUGAUGACGCACCUGUACUUGAUCGAAACGGCGAGCCUCUGAUCCCACCUUCUUCAAGCGCCGGACGAUUAGAAGAAGUGCGACGAAGGAAGCAGCAACAAAAACGACGCAAUUGAAACGAGACUAUCUUCUGUACCUUAAUACCUUGUUUUCUUUUCUUUCUUUCUUUCAUUGCCUUCUUUACUCCCCUUCCUCCCCUUUCCUUCCCCACCCCCCUUCAUUGAACCCCAACCCAACCGAACCCACUCCACUCCACACACACACACCUCUUCCCCAACCUUCAUUCCUGUUCGAUUCUCUGUCCAUUUUCCUUUUCACACGCAAAUACACAUGUACUACUCUAGCCUCUACACCCCCCCCCCCACCUCCAAUCACUUGCUCUUAUUAGCCAUAUACUUUGUACAGUCAUUCCUUGCAAGAAAAAAACAUUUUUUUUAUAAAAAAAAAGUAAAAAUAAUUUGAAUAAAAC